AUGCGGAGAACCUUUCGCCCUGUGCCCAACUUCGUUGCAAAGCCCUUCUCUAGGCCUUUAGGCCCGGGACUUACCCGCCGCUGUCGCUCGGCAAAAGCCGCCGCGCUGCGCUGCGCUGCGCUGCAACCAGCGAUGCGGCGCGGAGCCGGCCACGAGCCGCUCCGGGGCUGGGGGCAGGGGCUGCUCUGCCUGAGCUCGCGAGAAGGAAGGCCUGGCCACCCCCGCACCUUACAGGAGCUGUCCGAGGUGCUAAAUUCCCGGGACAGCGCCCGGUCAGGUGGUCUGAGGGCACCACGGGGACAAGAGCGAGGCAAAGAGGUCGAAGAAAAGACCCAGAAAAGGAGUCUGCCCUCGCAUCCAGCCUGCCAAACUCGCUACCCUCAUUCACAGUUCCCCCCUCGAGUCUUUCCGCCCCCCACCCCCGCCCCCGGCACCGCCGCCGCUAUCCAGUCAGCUCGCUGCUACUCCCAUGGGUCACAUGAGACAGAUGAGGAGUUUGAUGCUCGCUGGGUGACGUACUUCAAUAAGCCAGAUAUUGAUGCUUGGGAAUUGCGUAAAGGGAUGAACACGCUCGUUGGCUAUGAUCUGGUUCCAGAACCCAAAAUCAUUGAUGCUGCUUUGCGGGCAUGCAGACGCUUAAAUGACUUUGCUAGUGCAGUUCGCAUCCUAGAGGUUGUUAAGGACAAAGCAGGACCUCAUAAGGAAAUCUACCCCUAUGUCAUCCAGGAACUUAGACCAACUUUAAAUGAACUGGGAAUCUCCACUCCAGAGGAACUGGGUCUUGACAAAGUGUAAAGCCCGUGGGUGGGCUUUCCAAGGAUUUAUUGAUAAUGCUACUUGAUUGUAAACAAUCACCUGGAAAUACUGAUGAUAACAUAUUACCUUAUUUGAACAAGUUUUCCUUUGUUGAGUACCAAACCUUGUAAAGGUAACUUGGACUUUAAUAAAAGGGAAAUGAGUUUGAACUGAAA